GCACUUCCUGCAUCGUCCACUGCAAUAUAUAAACCCCCGAAGACGGACUUCUCCUAAAACACUCACAAAGUUUGCAAAGCGCAAAAACUCCUCAUUCGCAGCCCUCCCUCUCUCUAAUCCAUUGCUGAGGCUUUAGGGGUGAUACAGCCUUGGCAACGCAGGCACAAGGUAACGCUGCGCAAGAAAAGAUCAGUCCAAGACGCGGGAUAUUCUGUCUGCAGUUUCCUGAAACCAAACAUGAAACCUCAGUUAUUUGCCAUAGACCUAAUACUUCUGUGCAUAUCUUGCGGAGCAAGUGCAUUGGCAACGAGUAUUCCUGCUGUGUCCGCGUCCUUGCCAGUCGCCAGUUUCACCAAUCUUAGCGCAGCGCACAGCUAUGGAACAGACACCACGACUAUUUAUAAAAUCAGGAGGAAGCGUUAUAUUAGUCAGAAUGACAUGCUUGCCAUUCUUGAUUACCAUAACAAAGUAAGAGGGAAGGUGUUUCCCCCAGCAUCCAAUAUGGAAUACAUGGUGUGGGACGACACCCUGGCUAAGACAGCAGAGGACUGGGCUCAUGCCUGCCUGUGGGAGCACGGGCCACCUCACCUCCUCAGGUUCCUGGGUCAAAACCUCUCUGUCAGGACAGGACGCUAUCGAUCCAUUCUUCAGCUAGUAAAGCCAUGGUACGAUGAGGUCAAAGAUUACUCUUUUCCAUACCCCCGCGACUGCAACCCUCGAUGCCCUCUCAGAUGCUAUGGACCCAUGUGUACCCAUUAUACACAGAUGGUGUGGGCAACAUCCAACAAAGUGGGCUGUGCUGUUCACACGUGCCAUAAUAUGAACGUAUGGGGCUCAGUGUGGAAACGGGCAACGUAUUUAGUUUGCAACUACUCACCUAAGGGUAACUGGAUCGGAGAGGCUCCCUACAAAGUAGGCGUACCCUGCUCCGCCUGCCCUCCCAGCUACGGGGGCUCAUGCAGCAACAACAUGUGCUUCCCUGCUCUCAAGACAAACUACCUGCACUGGUUCAAAUAAACACAGGUUUCCUCUUGACAUAAGCUGACAACCUACAGUACCACAGAGACAUCAUUUUAAUCCCGUAAGGAUUUGCACAACAGUCGUGGACCACACUAUUUUGUAUAUAUGGGCUUAUUUAAAGACUCAAACAUACAUUUGAAGGCAGCAGAUGAUUUAGCGUUGAUGACUUGUAAAUAAACUGUAAAUUAAUUACAUUUGUACCAGAAUUGCUAUGACUAUUUGAAUUGAUGAAAUAUAACUUAUGUAUAGAGUGGAUCCUUAAACACAGUGUAUACUGUAUGUGGUGCUGCAUAUACUUUUGUUUUCAAUACAUUAGUUCACCACUGACAAUGUGGUAAUUAAGGACAUAACCAGAUAUAGCUGCUCAUACCUGCUCACUUUGGUGCUAUGGGCAUCACACCUUCAUGUUGUGUGCUCUGCCUUCACAGGAAUGUUGUGAUAAAUAGAUCAAAGCUUUUGACCUCAGAGGGUAAAACCUACACUGCCAGUGUCAGCUUUGUAGCUGCCGAAGGUACAACAAACAUCAUACUUAAGUCAACUUUCAUUUGUGUCCUGCAACAAAUUUGCAAAAAUUUGUUGACAAAAGUGCACUUACUGUAAACUGAAAAUAUAUGACAAAAUGAACAUACAUCAGAGGUCUUUAUUUGAAGACCUGCUGCCAGCAUAGAUGACGUUUGUUUCAGCAUUUACACAGUGCAUUUGCAGUUCUAAUCUGCACUGAUUAGGUUGUGUUUCAUUACAGACGUUUCAUACUUCGAGGCAUUUCACAGGUUUCAUUCAUAUUUCAUGUAAUAUUUAUACUAAAGAGAGCACAUACAAUAAAUCUGACCCACAUAUGUGUUUUAUAAUCAUAUUUGUACACGGUAUAUUGGUAUAUUGGACAAAUCCAUUGUUUAUAUUUUGUUAUGAUCACUGAUGUAGGUUUUUGGAGUUAGGCACUCAAGUGCACCUUAAUUGUUUGUGGAUUUCCAAAAUAACAGGAAAUUAUUAUUUUUUUGUACAUGUAGAUAAUCAUUAUACCUUGACUAUCCUAAAACAAGUAUACUAUAAGUUAUUCAUUUUUAUGGGAAAAAAUAUUUAAUUGAUAGUAAUUUUUUAUUGUUUUGUAAGAGUUGUAAAUAUAUCUAAACAAUUAAAAAGUACUGAAUAUGGUUCAUUUACAUGUCAACUUUUAGAAUGUUGAAGGAAAUUUACUGUAAUGUAAAUUAACUUGGUACAUUUCUGUGAACGAAGCACUAGCAUAAUAUUGGCAAGCGAAUGCCUCAACACUUUUAACUUGGCAAAUGCAUCAGACUUUCUUUUCAAAUUGGGACAGUUUCCAGUACUAUCCAACACUGAGAAGGCAAUAUCAUCAGCGUAAUGGAGACAUACACAAAAAAUAACAAAAAAACACAAACUUUAGUGGGAAAUACUACAUUACAAAAUAGGAAAUUGACAUUUUCCGCACUGACUGUAUUUAAAUCAACAUUAACAUCAAGCUAUCUAUGCAAUGAACUGCGCUUUUCCUGUUGUGUUUUGUAUUUGUAAUAAAAUGGUCUAUUUUGA